GUGGAAGGGACCGUGACAGAGGGGGUGUGGUGUGGCCUCGCCCGAUCACAGGUUUCCACGGUCUCGUGAAAAGUUCUAGCUUUCAAUCGGCCACCCGGCUUCUUGUUAGCCACCGCUGGCUGGAGUUGCAUUGCGCUUCUGCGGCGGAGGAUGAGCUGCAUGUUUCCAGCAGGCGGGAGUACGAGGGGUCCCCGGACAGUCAGGCGAGCGCAGGGAGGUUCGGGCAGCGCGAUCGGCAGUUGUCUCGCGCGCAAGCGAGAGGAGACGGAGGAGGAUCAGGAGGAUGACCUUGAGAGGUGACCUACGAUGUGGCGAAGCAGUACCUUCCGGCUGACGUACAGCUGGUGGGAACUUCCCUCGGCUCGUUCUCCGUUAGCGCAGGCCUGAUGGAUGCUCUGCUGGAAGAAUUCGCGAAGGAGCUCGCGGAGAAGACGGCCUGCCUCGAUUCCGAUCCUCAUUUAUGGAUGCCUUUCACGCUCAAGGAGGCAGACUAUGUUGCAGUGAUGGCGAAGAAGUCGGUGAGCGCAGACGAGGCUGCGGCACACUGGGGUCGCAUGAAGGCGUUCAGGGAAAAGUUUCUGCCGUCGGGAGGCCCCAUGCUGGGCUGCGUGGACGUGGGUCAGGACACCUACUGGUGGGACUACGGCCGCCUGGAGCUGUACUACAACAAUAAUAUCCUUCUCACCGAUAGCAGCGAUAGCGCGCACGCCCUCCGAACCUUCAUGUAUCUGCACGCGGCGGGUGCGCCGAGGGAGGACACCUCGGGAAGAAGGAAGGGCAAUCAGCUCGCGGACUCUGUGACCAUCGACCCCAGCGCCGUAGUGGUGAACUGCAGGCUCGGCGGCGGGACGGUGGGUCCGAAGUGCGUGCUGGUCAACGUCACUGCCCCGUCGAUAGAGGCGAAAGAGAGCGUCGUCAUGUGCGUGAGCUCGUCGGUGCCGGUCACUUGCGAGGGUGCGGUGCUGUACAAUGCCGUGGAGGACACGGGGGCCAGCCUGGAUUGCAACGGUGUGCGGGCCGACGUCUUCAUGCCAGGGGGGACACAGCACAAGAUGAAGUCGAAGCUGUCGAUCGAUGGAGGUAAGGCGUGGAAGGAGGUUGUGGAGGGCAAUCCGAUGAGUUUUGAGGGUAUCUACAAGGCUAACGGGGUCCUCGACGUGGCCGAGUGCUCUGCCGAGGCCCAGAAGGCCCAUAAGGCCGUAAGCAGCAAGGUGGCGUGA